ACCCAAUUGUUUAGUGCACUUCUCUUUUUUCUUCUUCAUUAUAACAAAAAAAAACAUUUCUUUUUUCUUAUAAAUUUACAUACAAAUAUUUUAAAAAUGGUCAACGUAGGUAUUAACGGUUUUGGUCGUAUCGGCCGUAUUGUUCUUCGUGCUACACAAAGCAACCCCGAUGUCAAGGUGGUUGCCAUCAAUGAUCCUUUUAUUCCUCUUGAAUACAUGGCCUACAUGUUAAAGUAUGAUUCUGUUCAUGGUCGUUUCGAUGGUACUGUCGAGGUCAAGGAUAACCAACUCGUUGUCAACGGUAAUGCUAUCUCGGUCUCUGCUGAACGCGAUCCUAGUCAAAUUCCCUGGGGUGAGCAUGGUGCCGAUUAUGUUGUUGAGUCCACCGGUGUCUUCACUACUAUUGAAGGAGCCUCUGCUCAUUUAAAGGGUGGCGCCAAGAAGGUCAUUAUUUCUGCUCCCUCCGCUGAUGCCCCCAUGUUUGUUUGUGGUGUCAACCUUGAUUCCUACAAGUCCGAAUAUCAAAUCAUCUCAAACGCCUCAUGUACAACCAACUGUUUGGCUCCUCUUGCAAAGGUUAUUCAUGACAACUUUGGUAUUGCUGAAGGUUUGAUGACUACUGUACAUGCUACCACUGCUACUCAAAAGACAGUGGAUGGUCCUUCUAACAAGGAUUGGAGAGGUGGUCGUGGUGCUGGUGCCAACAUUAUUCCUUCCUCUACAGGUGCUGCCAAGGCAGUUGGUAAAGUUAUUCCCGAGUUGAAUGGCAAGUUAACAGGUAUGGCUUUCCGUGUUCCCACACCCGAUGUCUCUGUUGUGGAUCUUACUGUCAACCUUGUCAACCCUGCCAGUUAUGAUGAAAUCAAGGCUGCUAUCAAGAAGGCGUCUGAAACCACAAUGAAGGGUAUUCUUGGCUAUACUGAAGAUAGUGUCGUAUCCACUGACUUCGUCGGCGAGACUCAUUCUUCUGUAUUCGAUGCUACUGCUGGUAUUCAACUUUCACCCAAGUUUGUCAAGCUUGUUUCAUGGUAUGAUAAUGAGUUUGGUUACUCUCAACGUGUAGUUGAUCUUUUGGUACAUGCUGCCAAGGUGGAUGGUGCUCUUUAAAUUGGGACUUUUCAUCGCUUUCUCAUUAUUGCAUUAUAUCACAUUUCUUUCUCUUAUAAAAAAAUUUCUUUUACUUUAAUAAAAGGAGAUUUUUAAAAAAAAUCGGUUCUAGUUCUUUUUGAGCUUGGAAUUGAUUUGUUUAAAUUUUGCAUAUAAAAAAA